UCCCACGCACCCAUAAUUCAUCAAUCAGGAUGGCACAUUCCCUCACCUUCUCCCUCCGACAAACUUCCGCUUUCGUCCCACCACCAUCCCCUAAACUCCACAAUCCAAUCAAACCAAAACCAAUUCUUCUCCGCCACUCAAAACCCAAACCCAGCAUUUUGGUUUCCACGCCCAAAAGUGGCCGCCUCAGAGCCACCCAAGACCCGGAAUCCAAUUUAGAAGACCCGCCACAAUCAACGACCAUAGAUGCUGCCGAUAGCGGCGGAGGCGGCGACGAGGCGUCGCGUUUGGGUUCAGAAAUAAGGAAGGCGAUGGAGGAGAGGGAGCAGAAGGAGGCGAGUUUCUGGGACGGAGUGGCGGAGGAGAUCAGGGAGAUUGAGUGGCCGGUUUUCGGUAAGGUUCUGGGUACUACUGGGGUGGUGUUGGGGGUUAUUGCUGGAUCCAGUGUCGUUUUGCUCACUGUCAAUGCCGUUUUUGCGGAGCUCUCUGAUCGGGUGUUUGCCGGAAAGGGAGUCCAAGAUUUCUUCAGCUGAGUUCUGAAGAUAAGGUUUCGCUUUUGAUCUGCUGAGAGGCAAAAGUGAAGUCUAUGGAUAUGCACAUGCCCACUACAUACAUUCACAAGCACUCAAGCAGGAUUAUAUUUUUAUAAGAAAAGUAGCAUCUUUAUUUCAAACGGGGUUUUAUGCUGCUGUUCACAUGGUGUGGAUCCAGUUCCAUUACCAUCAAUGUGUUCUUCACAAAACAAAACAGAAACAGGCUGCUGCAAUUAGCUCAGAAUUUGAUGUGCGUCAAGUGAAGACGAUAUGAGUCUGUAGUGCCAUACAAGAAAUUCAAGACUCAAAGGUCAUGUUUUCUGCUUCCCGUCUGACAGACUCAAAGAGCACAGAAGAAAGAUACCGCUCUCCAAAGCUCGGAAAAACAACCUGCCACAAGAUUGCAAAUGACUAAGUUUUUCAAAAUUAAACCAAGAGACUAUAUAUAUAUAUAUAUAUAUAAUUAAUUAAUUGUCAAACUUUUGGGGCUCAAAUUCUUUGGUCUGUGUCUAAUGACAGACCCACUACCCCUUUAGUGUGGGCCAUAUUUACUGCUCAAUAUCAUCCUUGGCCUGCUUAGUUUUUUACUGCUUAUCUUACUAUAAGAGAUGCAUCAAAUAUUAUAAUUAGUCAUCUUAAUACUAUAU